CUCUAUCAUAUGCUCAUUUCGUAUCCAAAAACAUGGCCACUUUCUUUGGAUCCACACCUCCUUCUCUGUCUCACCCAAUUACCAGAACUAACUACUUCUCUUCAUCCUCCCAAACUCCUCCUCCUUCUCAGCCACCAAAUCAACCUCCACAACCACAAACUCCGCCACCAUCUCAGCCACUGAGUGCAACUUCUGCAGAGCCUCCAUCACCUGUUAAUGUGCAGCAGCAAAAGCCUAGUAAAUCUGCCCGCCAACUAACCUCCGUGGAUUCCACUGAUUGGAUUGCCUCUUCCUUAACAAGGAGAUUUGGCCUUGGUGCUGGACUUGCUUGGGCUGGUUUCCUUGCUUUUGGUGUUGUUUCAGAGCAAAUCAAAACUCGCCUCGAAGUAUCUCAACAAGAAACAAAUACAAGGGUUGUUGAGAAGGAAGAAGAAGUGCUCUUGCCCAAUGGAAUAAGGUAUUAUGAACUGAAAGUUGGUGGCGGUGCAAUGCCAAGGCCAGGGGACUUAGUUGUGAUAGAUGUGAAGGGAAGCAUACAGGGCAGUGAACAAGUUUUUGUGGAUACAUUUGGUGGUGAUGGAAAGAAAAAGAGGCCACUGGCAUUAGUAAUGGGAUCAAGGCCUUAUAGUAAAGGAAUUUGUGAAGGUAUAGAAACUGUGCUAAAAAGUAUGAAGGCAGGUGGAAAAAGAAGAGUGAUAAUUCCUCCAAAUUUGGGAUUUGGAGAAGAAGGAGCAGAUUUAGGAACAGGGUUGCAAAUUCCUCCAUCUGCUACUCUUGAGUAUGUUAUUGAGGUUGAAAAAGUUUCUAUUGCACCUGCUUGAUUGAAAGUGCUAUACAAUUUGGAAGUGUUUGCUAUUAAAGGAAAAUGCAAAAUAGCUAAUUCUUGUAACCAUUCUUGCAAUUAGCCAAUUUACUGAUCCGAUUAAUUUGAA